ACUUGGAGACGUCCAAUCGUGGAUAUUCAAAGCAAGGGUCGCUUGGGGCUUCGGUGAAAAGUGCUUAGAAUUUGUGUCAUUUGUGCAUUCUGUGCUUUUGUGUUGGCCGUUCCCCGAUGCUAGCAGGUUAGCUUGUGAGCUAGCUAUCCUUGGGUGGUUAGCCAUAGCUUGUACAGUAGACAGGAAUUUUAGCUCGUCGGCUUUUGUUUACAAUCCGGCGGUUCUUGCAAUUUGGAUAUGUAGCUUUUGUAAAUUGUACAUAGAUUUGUUAACCAUGUUUAUGUCUGCACGUUGUUGCCACACUAGCAAAGCCAACUAUUAUUUGACUAAUAUGACAUUGUGUCAAUUCCACCUGUGUCAUAAUAAUCAAUAUAUUGGUAAAUAUGUGUAAAUAGUAGACAUAAGAAAAGAAAUCUUAUUCAUUGUGACUGAUGUGCUGUGUGCAUGAGAAUUCUUUCAAAUGCUGGGGACAGAUUGACUCUGGAAAUGAUUCAUGGGGAAAUUGUUUAGAAAUAUGUAGAAAUAGAACUGUAGUUGACCUUGGGGGUUCCCAAAGUGGGGUACGUGAAUAAAAAUGAAAAACAAUUGGUGCCUAACACUCUUAAUUUGAGUGAGUCCACGCCUCACAUUUUAUAAUAUGAGUUAUAAUAUAAUGUUAUUGUUAUUUUCCCCAUUUCUUUCUUGCUGUGUAAAUGGACAAACAGGCAUCAAUGUAUAAAGCAUGAAGACUGAAACAUAAGGUGCUUUGGCCUUAAUGACACUAAGAACAGUUGGUUAUCACAGAGGGACGUACCUGUACUGAUAUGAUGGUUUAUCACGCACCAGCACACAUGCAGAAUGUCGUCUGUAUUUUUACAAAAAUUGACAUGAUUGUAUUUUUCCUAUUGAAAACUGUCCCAGUGUUGCCCGCGUAUGGGUGCCAUGGUCCUCAGUUACACAUGAGCUCUACUAUGUGGUACAUCAUGCAAAGCAUUCAAAGUAAAUACUCCUUGUCCGAGCGGCUCAUCCGCACCAUCGCAGCUAUUCGCUCCUUUCCGCACGACAAUGUGGAGGAUCUCAUCCGCAAGGGUGCUGAUGUAAACCGGAUGCAUGGCACGCUGAAGCCCUUGCACUGCGCCUGCAUGGUUGCUGAUGCUGACUGUGUGGAGCUGCUGUUGGAGAAGGGAGCAGAGGUCAAUGCUCUGGAUGGCUAUAACCGCACUGCACUCCACUACGCAGCAGAGAAAGACGAGAGCUGUGUGGAGCUACUGUUAGAGUAUGGGGCUCAACCCAACGCGCUGGAUGGCAACAAGGACACGCCACUUCACUGGGCUGCCUUCAAAGACAACCCGGAGUGUGUAAGAGCGCUGCUUGACAGCGGGGCCUGCCCCAAUACUCGGGACUACAACAACGACACGCCUUUGAGCUGGGCCGCCAUGAAAGGCAACCUGGAAAGUGUGAAAGUGCUGUUGGACUACGGAGCCCAGGUGCAUGUGACCAACCUCAAGGGUCAGACCCCCAUUUCCCGACUUGUGGCCCUCUUGGCCCGGGGCCUUGGCACUGAACAAGAAGAGGAAUGUCUGGAACUGCUGAGCAGGGCGGCCGGCCGCUUUGAGAUCCGACGAGCUGACGGCACGCUUCCGAGGGAGCUGAGUAAGGAUCCCCAGCUGCUGGCCAGACUCACCAACAUGGUGGCUCAGGCACCCACGCUUCGCUCUCUGGCGCGCUGCGCUGUGCGGCAGAGCCUGGGGGUGCAGUUCCUCCCCACUGCUGUGAAGGAGCUUCCUUUACCAGAGAUCAUUAAGGAAUAUCUCCUUCUCAGAGACUGAGCAAAGGCUACUUCUUCUGACUAGAUAGCAUUUCAUAGCAACCUCCAUUACAUUAUGGCAUUAGAUGACACUUGGUGCAAGGAUCUUUCGAUCCUAAAUGUCCCCUCCUUUGGAAUGAUGCGCUUGGCUCGUUAGCAUCACAAUUACAACUUGCCAGUACCAGGACUUGAACAUAUUAUUAUGAUUUUUAUAUUACCAUCCAACACACUAAAUGUAGGCACCUUUGAACUCCAUGCACCCGUAUGGUCCUCAACACUUUACUUGGUGCACUUGAACUCCUCUCACGGUUGCUUUCAGGCAGCGAAGCCAUGUCCGCUCAUCCGACACGUAAAAUGUAUCAACCAAGUAUUCUCUUUUGUCAGCAGAGACGAGUCAUAUCUUGGUCGUGCCAAAUGAAAAUGCUUUUAGCUGAAGAAUGUGAGUGCCUGUGGAUGUCUGAGAGACGUGAAGCCAGGGGUCAUCUGAUGUCAAUGUCUUUUACACUAACACAGGUUAAAACGGGAACAGCAGCAAUGUUGGGUUUGAUGUCCUGUAGCAUGAUGACUUGCCUGCUGAUCUGCUGGUGUUACCUUGGCUUUGCUUUCAUGAAACAAGGCUUUCGUCGCCAUAGAGGUUGAAUGACUUUAUUCCCCAUCAUCCUCAGCUCAUUAUUUCAAAAUCAAUUCAUUGAAAUACAAACAAGACAAAAACUUUGUUUACAUUUUCUAUUGAUAAGCUUUCCCUAUGUAUCUGUGUUGGUGCAAAAGUCCUGCUUUGUGUUGUAUAAACUAAUACAUCUUGUUCAUGCCUGCUUUAAUGAAAGUAAAGGCCUUGGUAAUCCAUGCAGUUCCUCAGUCCAUU